AUGGCCAGUAAAAGUAAAAGUAGUAAUAGUAAUAGUUGUAGUAGUAAUAGUAGUAGUUGUAAUAAUAAUAAUAGUAAUAAAAAUAUAAAUGAUUUUGAAGAAAUUGAACAACUCUUUUUUAAGGGUAAAUCAUUUUGUUUAGAUUUUCCAACAUCAUUAGGACCAACCAAGAAAUCACAAUAUACUCAAUUCAUUAAAAAGAAUGGGGGUAAAAUUGAUUUCUCAAUUACUUCAAAAACCAAUUACUACAUUACACAUCUUCCAAAUAUUGAAUCACAAUCAUCUAGAACAAAAAAUGCUUUAAAAUUAAAUAUUGGUAUACUUUUAGAUACUUUUAUUUAUAAUUGUUUUGAUAAUAAACUUAAUUCAUUAGAUUUUAUUAAUUAUCUUUAUAUUAAUGGUAUUCCAGCAAAUCAAACAAUAAAUGAAAAUAUCAUUGAAAAUUCAAUUUCUGAAACAUACUUUGUUCUUAAUAAUAUUUUAUCAACAUUCAAACAACAAACUACAACAACAACAACAACAACAACAACAACAACAACAUCAUCAACAUCAUUAAAUACUAUUAAUAUUAAUACUAUUAAUAAUAAUUGUAAUUAUGGCAUUGAUGACAAAGAAAUCUAUGAAGAAGAAUAUGAAUCAAGUGAAUUAAGUUAUGGUUUAGAUAUGUUUGAAGAAUCAUCAUCAUCAUCAUCAUCAUCAAUAUUCUCACCAGUUUCAUUAAUUUCCACAACACAACCAUCACCAUCAUCAUUAUUAACAUUUACCUCAUUAAAUUCAAAUUUAACAAGCAAUUUAUAUGAAUCAAUUACAAAUGAUUUAAAUAAACCAAGUAAACCAUUAUCAAAAUUUGAGUUAUUACUCUUACAAAAGAAAGAGAAUAAUGAAAAAAAGAAAUUGGAAAUUCAAAAGAUUGAAGAAGAAAAGAAAAGAAUUAAAGAUGAACAAAUUGAAAUAAAGAGAAAAGAAAGACAAGAUAAAUUAGACCAAUCUCAAAAAGAAAAACAAAUUAAAAUUGAAUCUGAAAAAGAAAGAAGAAAAUUAGUUUUAGAGAAAACAAAAUCAACUUUAACACAUGAUCAAUUAAUUAAAUUAACAAAAUCAAAUAUUACAAUUACCAAUACAAAUAAUACAAAUACAAAUACAAAUAACAAUAAAAAUAAAAAUAAUAAAUUAAAAUCAACAUCAUUUGGAUUACAAAUUGAUCAUGAAGGUAUUAGAAUUAAAAAGGAACAAUUAAAAUUAGAAAGAUUAAAAAAAAUUGAAAUUGAAAAAGAAGAAAAGAAAAGAGAAAAAGAUGAAAGAACAAGAUUAUUUCAUGAUAAUAAAAAUGAAUUGGAAAGAAUUGAAAAUGAAGAGAAAAUAAGAAAACAAAAAGAAAGUUUAGAAUCAUUUUUAAAAAGACAAGAAAAAAGAUUAGCAAAAGAGAAAAAAGAACAAAAAGAAAAAGAAGAUGGUAUAAUUGAUUCAACUACUACCAUAAAAGAAUCAGAACCAGAAGUUGAUGAAGAUUUAAGAAAAUUAUUUGUUGGUGGUAUUAAUUGUGAUGAUAUUACUGAUAGUAAAAUUGUUAAAGAUUUAAAGAAAUUGGAAAAAAUUCGUGAUAAAAGAAUUCAAUCAUUAUUAAAACUUUUUGAUAAAUUUGGUAAAGUUCAAAAACGUACUAUUAAUUCAUCAAAAGGUUUAUUCUUUAUCACUUAUGUCGAUAUUGAAAGUUGUACAAAAGCAAUUCAAUUUUAUUCAAUUAAAGAAAAUAGAAAAGCAGCAAUUGACGAAAUCUCAAAAUUACCAAAAAAAUCACCACUUUAUAAUCCAAAUAAAAAAUUCUAUGUUAAAAUUGUAAAAUCAAAUGAAAAAGCUAAAAAGAAACAAAUUUUUGAUAAACAAAAAAUUGAAAAUCUUAAAGCCACUGCUAAAAAUGAAUUACAAAAAGAACAAGAUGCUGAAUUUGAUGAUUGGGAAAUUGCAAAAUAA